UGUUGUUCCAGCUCCUAAAGAAAUUCAAGAGCCCUUCUCCAAGUCGAAACAAAAGUUCUUUUGUCUCCUUUCUCUUUUUCAUCUCAAAGAAAUACAGCCAUGGCUAUUCGUGUGUGCGUGACUGGUGCAGCUGGACAGAUUGGGUAUGCUCUUCUUUACUCUAUUGCUAGUGGAAGUGUCUUUGGACCCGAACAAACGUUAGAGUUAACUCUUUUGGACAUAACCCCGAUGAUGGAGAGUCUGAAAGGAGUUGUCAUGGAGCUACAAGAUUGUGCACUUAACCUUUUGAAAGAUGUUGUUGCAACUGAUAAGCCAGAGGAAGCUUUCAAGGAUAUUGAUGUGGCCAUAUUGGUUGGCUCAAUGCCACGGAGGGAAGGAAUGGAAAGGAGUGAUCUCUUGAAGGCAAACGCUAAAAUUUUUGAGACACAAGGAAAGGCUCUGGAUCAGUUUGCUAAGAAGACAGUAAAGGUCCUGGUUGUUGGUAAUCCAGCUAACACUAAUUGUCUCUUGGCUAUAAAAUCCGCUUCCUCUUUGCCCAAAGAAAACUUUUCUUGCCUCACCCGAUUGGACCAGAACAGAGCUCAAGCUCAGAUUGCAGCUAAAGUAGGCGUGUCUAACGAUGCCGUCCGUAAUGUCAUCAUUUGGGGUAACCACUCCUCCACUCAGUAUCCUGAUGUAGCCCAUGCUAAUGUACAGACUGCCUCGGGCUCUAUUGGUGCUUAUGAAGCAGUUAAAGACGACUCUUGGAUAAAAGGAGACUUCAUUAAAACUGUACAGCAGCGUGGUGCCGCUGUCAUCAAAGCCCGUAAGCUUUCCUCUGCCAUGUCUGCUGCCAAAGCGAUCUGUGAUCACAUGUCUGACUGGUGGUUUGGUACUAAAGAGGGUGAAUGGACAUCAAUGGGAGUGUGGUCCGAUGGAACUCAUUACGGUAUUCCUGAGGGUAUAGUGUAUUCCGUACCAGUUCGUAUCAAUCCUGAUCGCUCCUGGCAAGUCGUUGAUGGCCUAUCAGUUAGUGAUUUUGCCAGAGAGAAGAUGGAUAUAAGCGCAAAGGAGCUGGUAGAGGAGAGAGAUACAGCCACGCAGUUUCUCUCUGCGUGACUACCUCCUCCUCCUCCUAGACUAAUAGCUGCUAAUCUGUAGUCAACUUUUGUGCUGCAUGACUUGUAGAAUAAUUAUUAAUAAUUGAAUGACUGUGUCUGUAUGAUUAUUAAUAGUAGGAUAAUUUACAUAAUACUGUUGCUGGAAUGUCAGUAAUGACGUCCUCAUAUUG